AUGCCCCAGCCCUCCCUGAUCACCACCCGGGCAGUCCAUUCCUCUGUAGACCCUCCGGAUGUUAGGAAACUGGCGGCCAUGGCACAUCUGGACCUGGAGGAAGACCAGGUUGAGGGCCUGACCAAGGAGCUGACCAGCAUCGUGGAUUGGUUCAGCCAGCUCCAGGCCAUCGAUGUGGAGGGAGUCCCCCCUGCGCUCCAGGCUGACGUCGACUCUCAGGACUGGCAGAGACCUGACGAGCCUCACACAUUUGAGAACAGGGAAAGUCUCGUGUCGCAGUUCCCGGCGACAGAGGGCCCCUUCCUGUCUGUUCCCCGGACUGCACCUGGCACCAGCGAGGGGUGA